AUGCAGCUGAGCAUGGACCUGCUGAUGAAGUGUUUUGCUAAUUCCACUGACACGGCUCACCUUGACACUCGUGUGCUACACUCGGAUUAUCCUGCGUGGAACAGGCCAGCCACUGAGAUGCCGGUGAUAAACAUAGACGACCUGACGGACAAGGACAAGGCUUUGAUGGAGGUGAAUCAGCUCAAAACAGAAAUCAAGCUGGAGAGAUGGAAGACGUCCAUAUGCUGUGAGGAAAUCCGCGACUACAUCCAGGCGCAGGUGGACGAGGACACGCUGGUGAAAGGCAUCGCUGAGGACAAAAACCCGUUCAAGGAGAAGGGCGGCUGCAUCAUCUGCUGA